GGCGGCGGCGGCGGCGGCGGCAGCAGCGGCAGCGACAGCGGCGCCGGGUCACCACCGUCUUCGGGUCAGCCGCUCGGCGCGGCCGGUGGGCCAGCUUCGUCGCGGUCGGCCACGCCGCUGACGGCCGGACUGGCCGCUUACGGCUUGCCGCGCGGUCAUCCCAGCGACUUCAGCAGCGCUGCAGCCGUCGCGUUGGCCGCCGCAGCUCUCGGCGAGCAGGCCCACCACGCCCACGUACAGGCACAAGCACAGGCACAAGCACAAGCGCAGGCACAGGCACAGGCGCAGGCACAAGCCCAUGCGCAUGAACAUGGCCACGCGCUGGGACUCGACCUCGAUUCGUCUGGCGCCGGCGAACGGCUCUCGCCAAACGGCUCUGGCUCGGCCUCCGGCUCCGUCUCUGGCUCCAUCUCCGGCUCCGGCUCGGGGCCCGUCUCGAGCUCGGCGCCAGGCGCCGCCGGCUCUGCGCCUGCCAGUGGCAGCCAGCACCACGCAGUGGCCGGCCAACACGCGCCCUCUCAUCUCCACCAACCGCAGCCGCAUCAACACCAUCACGCAACGCAACAGCACCAUCAGCUGCAACACUCGCCUUACCUGUUCGGCCCGCCCGGCAGUCCCGGACGACCGUUGCCCGGUUCCGUCGGCGCCUCGGUCAUGGCUGCAAUGGCGGCGCAAGCCGCUGUCCGCGACUCCUUGCCUCAAGCCCAACAGCAACAACAACAACAACAACAGCAGCAGCAGCAGCAACAACAACAACAGCUCUCGCAUUCUGGCCACCUCCACCACGCACAGAGCCUGCUGCCUUCGCAUCAACAUCAACACCAGCAGCCACAUCAGCAUCAGCACCAACAUCCACACCAGCCUCCCCAUCAGCAACAGCAGCAGCAGCAACAACAACAACACCUGCCCGGUCACCCAUCUUCCCACCAGCACCCGCAGCAUCCCGCCCUUCAACCUCACCACCUCUCCCUUCAGCAGACGCAACCGCCACCCUCUCAGAACGCGCAGUCACAGCCGCAGUCGCAGCCCCAGCCCCAGCCUCAGUCGCAUCCGCACCAACACAUCUACCCACACCAGCACCUGCACCAGCACCAGCACCAACACCAGCACCCACAUCCUCAUCAUCGUCUGUUGAGUGGCAUUCGCGGCGCCGCUGCCGCCGCUGCUGCUGCUGCCGCAGCCGCCGCCGGAGGACACGACAUGGUCGGCAUGCACGGCCUCCUCUCGGACGCCAUGGCGGCGGCCGAAUCCAUCCACGGCCUCGGGCUCACACCUUUGCCUGACCCGACAACACCAAUCACACCAACGCCGACGCCAACGCCCACGGCGACGGCGACGGUGACGACUACUGCAGCGGCGACUGCAGCAGCCACGCCGACGCCAACACCAACGCCGACGGCGUCGGCGACGCUGACGGCGACGACGGCAACGCCGACGACUGGCGGUAGACCCGGCUCCGUCGGCAGUCUCCUUGGCGCCACGUCUGGCCCCGGGGCCGGCAGCAACGGCGGCGCCAGCGGACCGGGCACUUGUCUUUUGGGCGCCACACCCACCGCCUACGGCCACGCCACCAAAGGCUACAAAUGCAAAAUCUGCCAACACGUAAGUCGCAUUCGCAUUAGCAUUAGCAUUAGAAUUUGCCCUCGCCCUGACCCACUCCCGCCCGCGGCCGAUGUCUAUGACCCUGCGGCCCGUCACACACACGCGAACACGAAACAGACCUACCGAAUGGAUUAG